CAAAUUGAUAUUUAAAUAAAAUGCUAUAUUCCAAAUAAAAAUACAAACACUCGUAUUUAAAUACAACAUUUUAACGUCAAUACCGAAACGUUUGUACUUAAAUUCAACAAAUAACAUCAACAUUUAACUUUUAAACUCAUAAAUAUAUGAUAAACUAAUAUUUUAUUAAUUAAAUUCACUGAAACGACAUCAUUUCACUUAGAGAUCAUAAAUCGAUCAUGCCGAUAGUACCAGCGGUGUUCGUUUUGGUUUUAUGACCGACACCGGUUCAACCAGUGGCAUGCCGGGCGACGUGAUAAUUUCACUAGACUCAGCUUUGCUAUCGCUAAGAGAUUGGGAUCCCAGAUUGUAUCUAGGCUGCCACUAAUUUCCUGUAGAAUUUAUUUCAUCUUACUGAUAUUGGUAAACUAAUAUAUUCAUUAUAAGGUAAUCUGGAAUGUGAAUUCAUAACCUAAUUCAUCAUCAAAUUUAACAACAAAUUUUUAUCUCAAAAUAACCCAAUUCCACCACAAAUUCUGCAAUGUUUCCAAUCCGUCAAUUCUCAAAUUUUAAUUUCUGAAAUCCAACAUGCAAAAAAAACCCUUUAUUCAUAAUGAUUUUCUCUCAGGGCAUGAACAUAAUAUAUCAUAUAUAGAAAUUAUUGAAAGCAAAUUCCAUGUAAAGUUUGAAGACAAUUAAUUAAGCAGUUUGAAGUAGAACUAUGAAAAUCCAUCCCUCCAUCAACCAUGUAUAUUAAAAAUUAAAUUAAAUCACAUAUCCCAAUAGUUUAUUUCAAUGUAUCUACUUCUUCAACAAACCCUUUAAUUUGUGACAAAGCAUUUCCCUAGUCUAGUCUGGAGUAGUUACUGUUGAGAAAUGUGAAUAGAUUGUAAAAAAACUAAAGGAAAGUCCUUGAAAAAUGUAAGUGAAGUUAAUUCGGAUUAAUUCUCCGUAUUAAAGGAAACGUUUCUUCAAUCAGAAUUAAUUUACCGAAUUAACGGAAAUUUCAAUCAAUUGGAUUGAUUUUCCAUAUUGAAGGUAUCUUUCAUGAUCAGAUCAAUUGCCCAUACUAACGGAAAGUUUCAAUCAAUCGGAUUGAUUUCUGGUAUUAAAUGAAACUUUUAUCAAUUGGGUUAAUUGUCUGCAUUAAAGAAAGGUCUAAUCAUGAGUUAUUACUCUUGAUUUCCUUCCUUAAGAAGAUUCUCAAAUCCUCCACCAAGAGGGGAAGGCUGAAGGUCUCAUCCAAUAUAAAUAGAUGAGUUGCCUAACCCUAAAAGCAAGAAUAAGGAGCAUAAACACAAUAGAGAGAGUGUUCAGAGAACUCGGGUUUUCGCAAAAAACCGCGAGUAUUGAGAUGAGUUGUUUUAUCCUGGAGACGACCGGUUUAUAGCCUGCCGUGCGCAUCGAAGGCAGUGCCCCGAAUGUCUUAAAGAGAGCGACCUAGUCCGCGACUCAGCUCCAGAUUCGGUAACCUUGUUCUUGUUGUUGUUCCGUUACUAACAGCUACCGUUAGCCCAAGAAGAAAGGCCUUAUUUCCAUUGGUCAACAUGCAUGCAUGAGAUCUAGUCACGAGAUUAAGACGUAACUCUUUGUUAAUUACCUCAUUAGAGCUAGUCACUGUAUUAUAAAAACCAUGCAGCUAGCAUAGCAACAGCUUCGAAACCAAAACCAGAGAUUUAAUUUUCACAUCAGCACUAUAAUUAAGCAAAUCAAGAAAUGGCCGCCGCUUAUGAUCGACUGGCGGAGCUGAAGGCGUUCGACGAAACGAAAGCCGGAGUGAAAGGGCUGGCGGACGCCGGGAUCACAGAGCUCCCUCGAUUCUUCCACGCGCCGCCGCAUCUUCUGAUCAACGGCAGCCCUGCAGCUCCGGCUGACGAUCCGAGCUUCGUUUUUCCAAUCAUCGACCUGGAAGGCGCGUGGGAAGAUCCCGACAAGCGGUCUCAGAUUGUCGGCGAGAUCAGGGAGGCAUCGGCAAACUGGGGAUUCUUCCACGUCGUCAACCACGGCGUCCCUGCAACUGUGGUAGAGGAAAUGAAAGCCGGAGCCCACAGGUUUUUUGAGCUGGAUAUUGAGCAGAAGAAGGAAUUCUUCGGCCGUGACAUGACCAAAAAAGUGGUCUACAACACCAACUUCGAUCUCUACAGCUCACCGGCGGCUAACUGGCGGGACACCAUCCUCUUCCACAUGGCACCGAACCCGCCGGAGCCGGAGCAGCUGCCGAUCUGCUGCAGGGAGAUCGUGAUGGACUUCUCCCGUGAGAUGCUGAAUCUCGGAGAUUUGCUUUUCCAGUUAUUAUCCGAGGCUCUGGGUCUGCGGUCGAACCACUUGAAAGUAAUCGGUUGCCUGGAGGGAAUGGACACGGCUUACAAUUACUACCCGGUUUGCCCCGAGCCAGAACUCACUCUGGGAGCAACACAGCAUACAGAUACCGGAUUUAUUACGGUGCUCGCGCAGGAUGACAUUGGAGGCCUUCAAGUUCUUCAUCGAAAUUGUUGGGUCGACGUGCCUCCUAUGUCCCAAGGUUUGGUGGUUAACCUCGGAAAUCUUCUUCAGGUAAUGUCUAACGAUAAGUUCACCAGCGUGGAGCAUAGAGUGGUAUUAAAAGGCGUGGAGCCAAGAAUUUCUGCCAUAUCCUUUUUCGGGAUUGGAUACACGUUGAACACGAGGUUAUAUGGACCUAUAGAAGAAUUGUUAUCUGAAGACAAUCCUCCGAAAUAUAAGAAGACCACGAUCAAAGAUCUGGUUGCCCAUGCAUACAAGCAAGGUCUUGAUGGGACCUCUUUUCUGCAACAUCUUAGGCUUACGGAUUAAGUUCAUCGUAUUAUGGCAUUAGAACUCAGAAGUACCAUACAAGAAUCGUCUCUAUUUGUAAGCAGGGGAAUAUGUAUGUCUCGAAUAUAUAUGCAUAUCAAGCUGCUCUUUCCUUUCUCAAUUUCUUUGUGUUUUUUGUGCUCUUUCCGAUCGUCAAAAAAAAAAUAAUCGCAUGUUUGAUUGUAAUAAUUUAAUUUAGUAUACUGUACUAAAUGUAUUUUGUCACUAUACUAAAGCUCCCGUAAUUUUAUUUGAUUGUAAUAAUUUGAUAUAGAACACAAUAAGUAAAAUCCUCGAUCAAAAUAAUUUAGAUUCUGGAAAAAAAAAGAUUUUAUAAUUUUAUUUUUCUUCAGCUUGUAGUCGAGACAUAGAGCGUUCAAUAUAUAUAAACGAACAUCACACUAAUCCUACAAUAUAAUUAUCAUACGCCAAUCACUGUGAUGAACCGUAACUCACGGUUCCAGAGUUCAGCUUGUAACUCACAAGCGAGAGUACGCCCUAAAGUGUAAAAAAACUUGUUCUUUGUUAUUAUUUUUUAUUAAUUGAACUAUGUUGUAAUUACAAUAUAUAUAGGCGAUUAAACUUAAUACGUAACCCUAACUUAGCUCGAAUCCUACUACUACUCUAGGCAACUCGGCCGCACAAAGAACACGAGUCUCAUAAUCGGCUACAAAACUAAUUUGCCCAUGCAGGGAACAGAUCAGGUCAGUAAUCUUAUGGUGAGUAACCAUGAGUAACCUGUCCACAUCAGCAUGACAUCAACAUCCCUCUAUCUUCUGAAAAGUCUUUAAUUUUUCCCCUCCUUAAUCUUUGACAGACGAUUUCUCACUCGUGUUAAGUCGAAAUUUAAUUUUCUUUGCAUAGUUAGAUCAGAUUAAUUGUGCUCUUCAAAUUAUAUCCACUUUGAUAUAUUUUUCGAACAAAAAAAAUUGAGCCAUUUUUUAUCAGUCUAUACCAUAUGGUAUUGACUGGUAUUGAAAUAAGAGCAUACCUAUGGUUUGAAAAGCAUACCAUGGUGGUAUGAACAAACCAAGACUGUAGGAUGGUUGAAUACAUGAUAGUAGAAGUAUAUUAACUGUCAUUUACGACUUUUAACAUUGUGUACCACUAGAUAUACCACCCCGUACCAGGGUGGUAUUGUGUGGUAUUUCUUGGUUCUGUAAUUUGUUCACCCAGAAAUUUGUAGAUCCAAUGGAUCAUGAUGAAAUCGUUCCUUCUGUGCAAACGUUUUCAAAAAUGAAUUAAAAAUGAAGAAGAUACCAUAUGGUAUGCAAUUGGUAUUGAGAGGCAAGAAAAUUUUUUUCUCAAAAAAUAUUGAAAAUGGAUCUCAUUUUGUAGAGCACAACGAACUCGUUUCAUCUGUGCAAAAAAAAAAACCCGAGUUAAAACGAAGAAGAUAUGAGUCGAUUAAGAAAAAUAGGGAAAAGUAAAAAUGGUCUUUAAUUUUCCAUUCUUAGAUCUGGAUUUUUUAAGGGAUUUUUCCACAAGUAGCACUGAUUAAAAAAGAAUUCCAAAAAUAGCACCCUUUCCCAAAAACGGCCACUCGUACCAGCGAUUUAGACGAAAACCGCCACCCGGGGGUGCGUUUUUCGAUGAAAACCACACUGGUAGGGGUCGGUUUUGCAAACCACAUGGGGUCGUGGCGGUUUGAUUGCAAACCGCACCCCCACCAUGCGGUUUGUUUGCAGACCACACCUUCACCAGACGUACACUUCCCUCUUUCUCUCAUUUUCUGUUACUUAGUUCCACACUUACAACCACUCUGUUCUGACUUCUCAGUAGGAAUAGGAACUACUUGUAACAGCAUAACAUAUAGCUGCUAUAUAUGUACAUGUAUUGUAUAGUGGAAAAAUAAAAAUCUUGCAUUCCAUUACACAAGGUACAUUGUUUUUCAAACACUUACAAUUUCUUCAAACAUUUAGUACUUGGGUGCGUCUUGUUCCAAUGAUGCUCUGAUCUAAGUAAGUUGUAAGAAAACACAGGAAAUUCA